UUCAGCCCUCUGCCUCCUCCUCAGGGAUCUCCCUCACUCAGUCUGCUCAUCCCACUAAUAGGGGGGAUUAUUUUUUACCUGCAUUUGAAUGUGUCCACUUCUGUGUACUACCUGGAGAGGUUGGAAGUAGCUCUUUCAGGGUAGCGCUGGACCGAGCGGGAGCUCCUCCACUGAGCUGAAGAGGGAGACGACAGGGACAUUUGGGAGAAGAGGAGAAAGAAGGAACCAUGAGUGUGCAACAGGAAGACGUGGAAAAGUUCCUCAAGGAGAACCCUGCCUUCGCUAAAAAGUACUUUGACAAGAAGAUGAGCCCAGCCUUCAUAUCAAAGGUGUCCGGACUCCCAGCCCAACAGGUUGACUUCAGCCAGUUCAAGGAGCUCACUCAGCUCGAAGAAAGCAAAAUCAUGUAUGAACUGAUCAAAGACAUGCAGGAGAACAUCAACAUGGAAAAGGUGGUCUUCAAGAUCCUGAAGAGGAUCAGUGUGCUGAUCCAAGCGGACCGGUGCAGCUUGUUCAUGUACCGCCAGCGGAAUGGCACCGGAGAGCUCGCCACCAGGCUCUUCAACGUCAACAAGGAGGCCCAACUGGAGGACUGCGUUGUGCCACCGGACUCUGAGAUCGUCUAUCCGCUGGACAUGGGAAUAGUCGGCCACGUGGCCCUCACCAAGAAGACUGUUAAUGUGAAGGACGUCACCGAGAAUCAGCAUUUCAGCUCAUUCGUCGACGACCUCACAGACUACAAGACCCAGAACAUUCUGGCUAUGCCCAUCCUCAACGGCAAAGACAUGGUGGCUGUGAUCAUGGCUCUGAACAAGACCACGGGACCACAUUUCACUGCUCAGGACGAGGACCUUUUUUUAAAGUAUCUGAAAAUUGCCACGUUGAACUUGAAGAUCUACCACCUGAGUUACCUCCACAACUGUGAGACCCGUAAAGGACAGCUGCUGCUGUGGUCGGCCAACAAGGUGUUUGAAGAGCUGACGGACAUCGAGCGACAGUUUCACAAAGCCUUGUACACGGUCCGAGCCUACCUCAACUGUGACCGCUACUCUGUCGGUUUACUAGACAUGACAAAGGAGAAGGAGUUCUUUGAUAUUUGGCCAGUGUUGAUGGGAGAGCAGGCCCCUUACUCUGGCCCUGUCACUCCUGAUGGCAGGGAAGUCAUAUUCUACAAAGUGAUUGAUUAUAUACUACACGGAAAAGAAGACAUCAAAGUAAUACCCACCCCGACUCCGGACCAUUGGGCCUUGUGUAGUGGCCUGCCCACGUAUGUUGCCGAGAGCGGUUUUAUUUGUAACAUUAUGAAUACAGCAGCUGACGAGAUGUUCAAGUUUCAGACCGAGCCACUCGACAGCAGCGGUUGGAUGAUUAAAAAUGUUCUCUCGCUGCCGAUCGUCAACAAAAAAGAAGAGAUUGUUGGCGUGGCCACAUUUUACAACAGAAAAGACGGAAAGCCUUUUGAUGAUCAGGAUGAGCAGCUCAUGGAGGCUUUGACCCAGUUCCUGGGCUGGUCUGUUUUGAACACGGACACUUACGACAAGAUGAACAAGAUGGAGAAUCGGAAAGAGAUUGCUCAAGACAUGGUGCUCUACCAUAUCAAAUGUCGGGACGAUGAGAUCCAGAAUAUCCUGAACACCAGAGAGGUCUAUGGCCGUGAACCCGGAGAUUGUGAAGAGGAGGAGCUCCUAGCUAUCCUGAAAAAAGAUCUCCCUCCACUUAUUAAGAAGUUUGAGAUCUACGAGUUCCACUUUUCGGAUUUUAACUGCACAGAGAUGGAACUGGUUAAGUGCGCGAUCCAGAUGUACUACGAGGUCGGGGUGGUUAAGAAGUUCCAGGUCCCUCAAGAGGCGCUGGUUCGGUUCCUGUACUCACUCAGUAAAGGCUACAGAAAGAUCACCUACCACAACUGGCGCCACGGCUUCAACGUGGGACAGACCAUGUUCACGCUCUUAACGACAGGAAUGCUGAAGCGGUACUACACUGACUUGGAGGUAAUGGCCAUGAUAACCGCCGGCUUCCUCCAUGACCUUGAUCACAGAGGGACCAACAAUCUGUACCAAGUCAAAUCUGGCAACCCUCUGGCAAAGCUGCAUGGCUCCUCCAUCUUGGAACGACACCAUCUAGAGAUGGGGAAGUUCCUCUUAGCUGACGAGUCACUGAAUAUCUACCAGAACCUUCACCGGCGACAGAUAGACCACGUGAUCCACCUAACCGACAUCGCCAUCAUCGCCACUGACCUGGCUCUUUAUUUCAAGAAAAGAACCAUGUUCCAGAAGAUCGUGGACCUUUCACACACAUACGAGGAUGAAAAGAAGUGGGUCGACUUCAUGUCUCUGGAAACAACAAGAAAAGAAAUCGUCAUGGCAAUGAUGAUGACCGCAUGUGACUUGUCAGCCAUCGCUAAGCCUUGGGAGGUGCAGAGCAGGGUUGCCUUGUCUGUAGCAGCAGAGUUUUGGGAGCAGGGUGACCUGGAGAGGUCGGUACUGGAGCAGCAACCUAUUCCCAUGAUGGACAGGAACAAGUCAGCAGAACUACCAAAAAUGCAGUGUGGUUUUAUUGACUUUGUCUGCACGUUUGUCUAUAAGGAGUUUUCGCGCUUCCACCCACAAAUCCAGCCCAUGCUGGAUGGCAUCCUAAACAACAGGAAGGAGUGGAAUGCUAAAAAAGAAGAGUAUGAGGCUAAACUCAAAGCCGUAGAGGAGGUGAAGGGUGCUCAAGAGGGAGUCAGUAAAGCUCCUGCAAAAAGCGCCGGGGAAUCCAAGACCUGCUGUGUGUGCUAGAAGGUCAAACAGCCGGAGUGCACACACACGGAUCAGACCGACUUCAGAACUAUGAGCAUCACAGACGGCCAGACAGACAGUCAUACCGGCAGGAAACAAGUCAGAAAGUCAGAUACAAGAGUAAAUGGACAUUGCUGUAGUAUUUCUUCAGAUUAUCAGAAAAGGAAAUAAACCUGAACGACGAGAGACGCCUCAUCAAGAAGAGACGUUUUAUCUUUAAGGGACACUCACCAGGUGAGCCAAACAUAUAAUUCAGAGCAAAGCAGGACACCAGCACAUGGCUACUUCUACUAUAAUUAAAUAUAAAUCAAGAGGUGAAUGUUGAAUCCAAAGUUUGUACUCAUCCACAUACAACAUCAGCUUCCUUGUAUUCUGAUGAUGUAAUGCUAGUUCAGAUGGUGCAAAAAUGCUGUGUGUGCUUGAUUCUUGUGAGAAAACAUUUAAUAUUUCUUUUUACGAUUUAUUUAAUUUAGUUAUGAAGCACAGCAGCACUGAGAGGAUAACAUGUGUACAUACAUCUGUGUAGUAACUGAUACAUAACAUCAUAUGUAGGAGUGAAUACAUUAUCCAAGUGAUUCUCUGCUGCAGAGCCAGUCACUGUAGAUGAUAUAUCAUGUCUGAAGCUCUGUUUUCAAUCAGACUGUAUACUGUACAUUCAUGUAAUAUUAAUAUUGGUGUUCAGAAUGUAAGUUCAGUUAUCAGGUAGAUAAAAGUAUAAUUUUAUUACUGUACAUGUAUUCCAAUAUUUCAAAAAUGAUCAUUUGAAGUUCACUUCUUCCAGUCACUUACCAUUCACCAAUGAGUUUGUUUACCUUUAUUGCAGAGCGCCAAAGGUAGAGAGAGGCAGAGUAGAAAUGUUGCUUUACUAUCUGCAAACAAGCCUUUAGUUGCUUGAUCAUGAUGCCUUCAUAGUGUACAUAUAUCCGAGAAAGUAGCUGAUAAUGUAAUAUUUUAUGAAUAUACAAUGUAAAUAAGAACACAUUCAAUCUGGUAAUGAGUUGGUUCCUGAUCAGAUUAACUUUUCUAUGACCUAAAUGAUUGGACCUCAACAACUAUUCUAACUUUGAAGCAUCGCAUGGUAGCAGGAGCAGCCGUCUCUCUCCAACUGCUUCAAAAAGUGACCACUUAUUCAUCUUCUGCACUACUCCCAUCCUGAAGAGCAGCUAGUUCAAAGGCCGGUGUCUUGUUGAUGGGCAAUGAUAGUAAAUACUCUCGCUAACAAUGCCGGGUUUGAAUGAGAGGAAGGGGAACACGCGUAUGAGAACGUGCAAACCAUUCGUCAUGCAUCUUCAAUGCUGAUUGAGACAAAAGAACAACUUCUUGUAAUGACUUGUACAUACUUGGUCCCCUCCCUGUAAAUACAUUAAAAAAUAUAUAUUUUUCUAGUCGUAGAAAUAGA